UUCAUUUAAAUAUAUAUUUGAGUUGACUGGAACGGGCCCUUUUCAUAUCACUACAAACAGACUUUCUAAUACAGUAUAUCAUCAGUUUCUCUAUUAUAUGGAACCAUUUUUCUAUGUUCACUGUUAUGAGAAGACUCCGUUCAGGAGUGACAUGUGGGUGUGUAUAGUAAGCUGUGAAUCAAGUCUGCAACAGUCAGCACUUAUACUUAACGGUGCAAAUACCCGUGGACCGAAGUUCUAGUCAACACAGCACUAACUAACAAUCUUGUACUUUGGAUAGCAUCUGCCAUGUCGAUUAAAGUGUUUUCGCGGAUAAUGAAGCCAGCAGCAAUGAAAAAAUUUAGUACAAGUCACUCUUCGCCACUCACACCUAAUGAGCCAGGAACACCUAAGAGAUCAGUACCUGGUCCAACUUCUCCCCUACAUUUCUUGGAUCUCUUGUUGUUCUCAACCCUUCGAAGACCGAUUUUUGUUGAUCCUGCAAUUAAAGCUGGAGUAUAUCUUUGUCUGGCAGCUGGUGUUUCUCUUAUAUUCGAUUUCAUAAGGGCUCCACCAACUUACUUUUCUAACAAACAAAAUCCUUUUAAUAAGUUUUUCGUCAAGUUAGGAUGGGCUUGGACGUGUGGUUGCCUCGCAGCCUUUGUAAUUGUUUCCUCUUUUGUGUAUACGGGUGGCAACGUCAGGCUUAUGCGUGCACACAUUCUACGUUUAGCUGUUGGUUCUGGAUGUUGGUAUAGCGGUACUGGCCUUAUAAAUUUAAUUCAUGACUGGACAGGGCAUUGUCAUCCAGCGUCAGUCACUCUUCCCAGUGGACUCCGUCCUAAUCAAAGGAUGCCAUGUCAGAGAGCGGGGGGUAUUUGGCUAGGAUUUGAUAUAUCAGGUCACUGUUUUCUGUUGGUGCUUUCUAAUUUAUGGAUUAUGGAGGAACUAAGCUGCAUGCAACACUGGAGUAAGCUAUCGGAUAUCUUGCAACCAAAUAAGAGCAAUGAUUCAAAUCAAUCACGUAAUCUUAGCGCUACUAGACAUAUUCCUGAGCAACAGCUCGACAUAAUGCGUUCAGCAUAUCGAAGAUUGACGACCAUUGUACGCCUCAUAUUUUCAUUCACUGCCUGUUUGUCAAUGCUUUGGGAUAUUAUGUUCCUUUCAACGGUUAUAUAUUUUCACACAAUGCCGUCAAAACUGUUAGGAACAGCGCUUGCUGUGGCCUGUUGGUUCCUGUUUUAUCGAGUUAUUUUCUGUAGUUGUGCAACUGGAUCCUGGGGUGGUUUUGCUCCUGGCAUCCCUGGUGAUGGUCCAAUAAAAUUUGCAUCCAGUUAAUUAUUCUCAUGAAAUACUAACAGCUUUUGUGUUAAAUUCAUUUAACCAAGCAUAACUGAUGUCUAACUUCAUGAAGCAUGUAAUUCUUCUGUCAAUUGUUACGUGUAUUGACUGAUAUAUUGGUUAUCAAAGGAUGGUCGAAAUCAUUCAUAAUGUGAUGCAAUUUUCUCAGUACUUUUAAAUGAAAGUGUAUUUACAUCUAAUUUCCUCACUUCCUUUUCCAUAAGUUCAAUGUCCAGUGACUUCGAACAAUUUAUAUAGCACUGUUAAAGAAAACAGCUGUAUCUAUUAGCUCACAUUUACCCACUAAAAUAUACUUCUCAAUUUGAAUAUGUAAAUUCUACUAUAAUCUCUUUAUAAAUUUAACCUUCCUAAUGAUGUAUAGUCUUUUUGAUAAAAAAUGUGCUCAUAGUAUAUCUCUAAAGGAAUUCAGUACUAGUCAUUUAUGGUAUGAAGUAAAUUAAG